CCAGAGAGGAGCCAUGGAGCCUGUCCUUGAGCUGGACCCUGGACCCCCUGAGGAACCUGAGGACACGUCUCUGGACGAGAGGCGGACCAGGAAGGGGAGAUCUGGUCUGAAGUUGUACGCCUGUGCCACUCUGACCAUAGCGCUGCUGUGUUUGCUACAAGCCACUCUCAACAUCUCCCUGCGCCUGCACUCAGCGACAUCUUGGACGAAGGGGCGAGAGCACUUAAUGGAUUCACUUGAUGAUUUGACACGACUGGGCUGGCUGUAUUUCGACCAGAGUCUCUACUUUAUUUCUACUACUAAGAAGAACUGGGAGGCCAGCAGAGACUUCUGUCUGAACAGAGGUGCAGACCUGCUGGUUAUCAACAGCAAAGAAGAGCAGGAAUUUGUCAGGAGAUUUCAGGAUGAUUCCUGGAUUGGACUGAGUGAUCGCGACACAGAGGGGACCUGGAAGUGGGUGGAUGGUACCAACUUGACUUCAACUGUCUGGCUGCCUGGUGAACCAAACGACUUCCAUGGAGCAGAAGACUGUGCUUUAGCUAAGAAAGGCGGUUGGAACGAUGAUACGUGUGCCAAGCUUUUCUCCUGGAUCUGCGAGAAGAAGGUCGUAGUUCUGGAUCAUCUGGAUGCUGAACUGAAGAAACAGGUGACGCACAAGGAGCAAGAUGAGGCCCCCCACAUCAUAAGCCCCCCCUCCACCAAGACCGUGUCCGUGGGCAACACAGCCCAAUUCUCCUGCCAUGCCAGGGGCCAGCCAGAGCCCACCAUCCAGUGGCUAUACAACGGCCGGCCCCUGAAGAGGGGCAGGGAAGACCAAUCACAGCCUGCGGUCUUGGGGGACGGGGGGGAUCUCGUCGUCAAAGGUGUGAGGCCUGGUGUGUACACGGUGAGCUGCGUAGCGAACAACAGCGCUGGCACGGCCAAUCGCACCACUAAGCUGCUUGUCCGUGGUACGAUCGGGAUCGUGAUCCACAAAAUUCGCUCAGAGGGUUAGCGAGGUAUGUUGAGCUCCAAGCCUGGGUUAGUUGUACCACGAAAGUCGAUCUCUUUUAGCGUCGCUGUAUCACCAUGGUGACUUAUGCUCGCAACCAAACCUGGUCGGGAGCAGUUUUUCGGCUUAGUCUAGCCGGAGAUCGGCUACUUAAAUCGGCGUGCGCAGCUUCCUAGCCCCUCCUCUGACAAUGGCGUCACCAUUUGUGGGUGUUCCCGUGGACCCCGGCGCACUUCUCCGAUUAAUGGCGAACAAUUCUGCAUUUGGCAUAGUUAUUUACAGACAAUAUGCAGAAUCUUUUCACUUAUACUCAUAUAGACUGCUUGAUCUAUCGUAAAGGUGAGAAAAAUGACGCAAAAAACGCCCCUUUCACGUGAACGCGCACUGAACCUAAAGCGGAAAACCUGGUUCAACUAAUUGAAUCUAAAGUGAGCUUCGUGGUACCAUUUAACUCUGAUUGCGAGUUGCGGCUCUGUCGAGCCAGGUUUUCCCAAGAAAGCCUGGGUAUGUUCAGCGAGCUUCGUGGUAUAGGGCACUGCUCACAGUAUAUUCCCUGCAUGUCACCUGACAGUCAUUGGAAAUUAUUGUUGAAAUGAUAGAAAGGACAAUAUAACAGACAUUAUAAUUAGAUACUAGAAGAGAUUAGUACAACUCGUUGGUGUUAGACAGUAUAAUACAACAUUAUAAAUAUAUAGAAGAAGAGGAUAGUACAACGAGAUGGUGUUAAGGCAGUAUAAUACGAGAUAGAUACUAGAAGAGAAUAGUACAGCUAGAUGGCGCUAGAAAGUAUUUUAUAACCUUUGAAUAAUCAGGUUUUCAACCACGUGUUCUUUUAAAAUACUUUUUCCACUCUGCCCAAAUA